AUGGAAAUAUUACCUCAGAACAGUUACCUCUACCAUCUGGCACCUGGCGCAGGCUCUAGCCUGAAGCUGCAACACCUGGCGGCCAACCCUUUCACUACGACAUCGGCCGGCUCGUCAUUUGGCGCCGCUUCCGUCACCUCGUCUCCAUCUAAAUCGUUUAGCAACAACAGCAACUCUACAUCGACCACGCCAACGUCCAACUCACCAUCGCCCUCGCCCAACUCAAUGAUCUCGGCCAACAUGACCUGGAGAAAAUGCUGCACCAAUUCCUCUUGUCUACUUUGCACCAAGGGCACUCCCAAGUGCCUGUGCAUGAACCACCCCUCGUGGACAUUGAUCCUUCGCGUCGUCUUCUUCGCGCUGGCCAAGAUCCACCCAGACAAGGAGUACUUCAACUUAAAGAAGGAGGUGUACGUCUACCUCAACGACCAUUGGGAGAUCCUCUCGCCAACUCAGGCUCAGUCCGCCAACUGGAAGCGCCAAGUCCAGGACGCUCUGUCACACUCCCGUUUCUUCCGCUCGGGUCGCCACACACUCCGCUGCAAUGGAUACUGGCAACUGAAGAUCCUUUGCAACCCAUGGACCUACAACAGCUCCAAGCAGUUUGAGGCACUCCGUUUCGAAGACAUCCAGCCACACUCUCCAUACUCCCCAUCCUUCCUCUCAUCACAAUCAUCCUCUCCAGUCCUGUCCUCUGAGAUCCCCUGGAGGUUUGAGACCAUCUCCUUCGCUUCCUCUCCCAGAGAUAACAAAUAUGUAACAGUAGAUAAGAUGGACAUUAAGAAACUGCUAAGCUGCAACAACUCUGACUCUGACAUUGAGCAGGAAUACGAAGUGUCCUCGCCUCUGAGUUCAGAGAGUGGCGCCAGCAGCAGUGGUGGUAGCACAGUCCACGCCAUCGCUCAUUUCAACGCCAACGCCAACUACAACAUCAACGCCCAUCACGCAAUCCAGCCACAACAAUACAACGCAUCGUCAUCAUCAUCAUCGUCGCCAAGCAACACAUUCAGCACACCAAGCAACUUUAAAUUCAUCAACAGUGCCAGCAGUGCCAACAAGAAGCCACGUCUCGACCAUGGCUCAUCACCAUCAUCGUCUCCACGUGUGGCCGACGCACACUUCUUGGCCAACCUGUCCAGUCUGCCCUGCACGCUGCCCCUGCAACUGCACCAGCUGCCGUCCAAAUCACCACUGUCCAAGGGUGACCGUCACGACUUUGACGAGAUAGUGUCCUCCAAGAUACACCAGAUGAAGUCUAUCCUCAACUGUACAGACUAG